CUCACAAUGUCGCAACCCCAACCACCCCCCCUCCGCUACAUCCGCUACGAACCCUCCCGCGAAGACGAAUACGUAGCCGCCAUGCGCCAGCUCAUCUCCAAAGACCUCUCCGAACCCUACAGCAUUUACGUCUACCGCUACUUCCUCUACCAAUGGGGCGACCUGUGCUUCAUGACCGUCGAUGACUCCCGUCCUGAGGACCCCAUCGUCGGCGUCGUCGUCUCCAAGCUGGAGCCGCACCGCGGGGGGCCCAUGCGCGGGUACAUCGCCAUGUUAGCCGUGCGGGAGGAAUACCGCGGCCGCGGGAUCGCAACGAAGCUGGUGCGCAUGGCGAUUGAUGCUAUGAUUGCGAGAGACGCGGAUGAGAUCGCCCUCGAAACAGAAAUCACAAACACAGCCGCCAUCAAACUCUACGAACGUCUCGGCUUCCUCCGCAGCAAGCGCCUACACCGCUACUACCUCAACGGCAACUCCGCCUACCGACUCGUGCUCUACCUCAAGGAAGGCGUCGGCAACAUGCGCACAUCGUUUGACCCAUACGCCGCGCCCGCCGAAGCGCGGCCGGAGAUGUCCGGCGCGGCUGCUGUUCCUGCGGCGCCGGCGCCACCGCCGUUGCUGCAGGGGAAUGGACGGUGAUUUCUCUUCUCUUUUCUUUUCUUUUCUUUUCUGGGAUGCGGGGUGUUCCAUUGGGGAUGACGUGGGACGGGUGUAAUAUGAUAUGAUAUGAUAUGUGAGAGGACUUACAUAUGCAAUGC